AUGCCUUAUAUAUAUUUGGAUCAUUUAUCAGUCGAAUUAUUUUAUGAAAUUCUAUCUUAUCUUUCAUGUUAUCAUAUAUUACGAGCAUUUCAUUCGAUAAAUAAUUAUUUGAAUGAUAUUCUCAUUAAUUAUGAUCAAUAUAUUUUGGAUUUAUCUUCAUCAGAUAUAUCGAAAAAUGAAAUGGAUCUUAUUUGUUCAUUUCUACGACCAGAACAAAUUAUUGGAUUAAAAUUUGGUAAAACAAAUUUUGAUUUGGUCAAUCGAUUUCUAUCGAGUUUUUCAAAUCAACAAUCAUUUACUCGUCUUCGUUCACUUUGGAUUGAUCAUACAAUCAUAGUUGAUCAAUUAUUUAUGUCAAGAUUGGCAUUAGUAAUCAACUAUAAUAAUCUCAUUUCAAUUCGUUUUGAUCGUAUUCAUAUUAGUAAACAUUAUACAGUAUCAAAGUACUCAUUUGAUGCUCUUUCACAUCUUGUUACAACUUCGAGCAAUCAAUUUCGACAAUUAUCUAAAGAAGUACCAACUCAUUUGACAUAUUUACAUAUGUAUUUUAAUUCUCCUAAUGAUAUGGAUGAAUUUAUUCGUCCGAAUAUGUAUCAACUAAAAUCACUCGGUGUUGAAAUUCAGUGCAAUUUAAAUGAUUUCAAUCAAUUUAUGUUACUUUUUAGCAAUUAUCAAUGGAGUCAAUUAAUUGAAUUCAAUCUAAAUUUCAAUGGUAAAUAA